UUACCUCCCUUUCUCUCUUCGUUUAUCUCUCCAUGCCUCCCCAGAACCUUCUCUUAAUUCUCUAGUCUGGUUCUCUGUCCCUCUUUCUCUAGCUUUCAGUUUUUCGUGGUCCUCCGGUAGAACAGCAACUCCCAACUUUAAUUCUGACAUCUCCGAAAAGGCUUCCUCACCCUCUGUCACCAUGGUCCCUUACAGCCCCUCUCCCAUUCAGUUCCUGAGAUGUUAGACUGUGAGGCCUGGAGCGGGGUGGGUCUGGCCCGGGCUCACUUUGAGAAGCAGCCGCCUUCCAAUCUGCGGAAAUCCAACUUCUUCCACUUCGUCCUGGCCCUCUACGACAGACAGGGCCAGCCCGUGGAGAUCGAGAGGACAGCCUUUGUGGGGUUCGUGGAGAAGGAAAAAGAAGCCAACAGCGAAAAGACCAAUAACGGGAUUCACUACCGGCUCCAGCUCCUCUACAGCAAUGGGAUAAGGACGGAGCAAGAUUUCUACGUGCGCCUCAUUGACUCCAUGACCAAACAAGCCAUAGUGUAUGAAGGCCAAGACAAGAACCCAGAAAUGUGCCGAGUCUUGCUCACACACGAGAUCAUGUGCAGCCGCUGUUGUGACAAGAAGAGCUGUGGCAACCGAAAUGAGACUCCCUCAGAUCCAGUGAUAAUUGACAGGUUCUUCUUGAAAUUUUUCCUCAAAUGUAACCAAAAUUGCCUAAAGAAUGCAGGAAACCCACGUGACAUGCGGAGAUUCCAGGUCGUGGUGUCUACGACAGUCAAUGUGGAUGGCCAUGUCCUGGCAGUCUCUGAUAAUAUGUUUGUCCAUAAUAACUCUAAGCAUGGGCGGAGGGCUCGGAGGCUUGACCCCUCGGAAGGUACGCCCUCUUAUCUGGAACAUGCAGCUACUCCCUGUAUCAAAGCCAUCAGCCCGAGUGAAGGAUGGACGACGGGAGGCGCGACUGUGAUCAUCAUAGGGGACAAUUUCUUUGAUGGGUUACAGGUCAUAUUCGGUACCAUGCUGGUCUGGAGUGAGCUGAUUACGCCUCAUGCCAUCCGUGUGCAGACACCUCCCCGGCACAUCCCUGGUGUUGUAGAAGUCACAUUGUCCUACAAGUCGAAACAGUUCUGCAAAGGGACACCGGGAAGAUUCAUUUACACAGCACUCAACGAACCCACCAUCGAUUAUGGUUUCCAGAGGUUACAGAAGGUCAUUCCUCGGCACCCCGGUGACCCUGAGCGUUUACCAAAGGAAGUCAUCCUCAAAAGGGCCGCGGAUCUGGUGGAGGCGCUCUAUGGAAUGCCACACAACAACCAGGAGAUUAUUCUGAAGAGAGCGGCUGACAUCGCGGAGGCCCUGUACAGUGUCCCCCGCAACCACAGCCAGCUCCCGGCCCUCACUAACACCUCGGUCCACGCAGGGAUGAUGGGCGUCAACUCCUUCAGUGGACAGCUGGCUGUGAACGUCUCUGAGGCAUCGCAGGCCACCAACCAGGGUUUCACCCGCAACUCAAGCAGCGUGUCCCCACAUGGGUACGUGCCGAGCACCACCCCACAGCAGACCAACUAUAACUCCGUCAGCACGAGCAUGAACGGAUACGGCACGGCCGCCAUGUCCAAUCUGGGUGGCUCCCCAACUUUCCUCAACGGCUCAGCUGCCAACUCGCCCUAUGCCAUCGUGCCAUCCAGCCCCACCAUGGCCUCCUCCACAAGCCUCCCCUCCAACUGCAGCAGCUCCUCGGGCAUCUUCUCCUUCUCACCAGCCAACAUGGUCUCUGCGGUGAAGCAGAAGAGUGCUUUUGCGCCAGUCGUCAGACCCCAGACAUCCCCGCCUCCCACCUGCACCAGCACCAAUGGGAACAGCCUGCAAGCGAUAUCUGGCAUGAUUGUUCCUCCCAUGUGAAAGCAUUGCCUUGAAGAAUUUUAUUAAUGAAGAGGUUGGAUUCUGCUACAGAGAGUAAUCUGAUACAAGUCCCCGAGUGGAACUUUUAACUCAGGCCUUUUUAAGAGGAAUCACAGUAACUGCAGAUUUUUAAACAAACAAUAUCACCGACCUUGCAAAUACUGAAGUUGGAAGGGAUCUGCAAGUGCAGAGUGUUGGUUAAAAAUUGUACCUCCCAAGUAUUGGGGGGAUAUAUUUAUUCUGUGUUGAUAAAAGCAAAUCCACUUUUUCUUUCUCUUUCUUUUUUUUUUUAAGCUUAACUCUGCAAUCAUUUGUCUUUUAUAAACCGUAAAGCUGUAUACAAGGGACACUAUAAAUAAGACUCCAUGUUUUAAUUUAUGAUGUUUUUAAAGCUGUGUAAAGGGAGAAUGAAGUGGUGAUAUUUACAAAAAAGU